UAAUACUGUUAACUCACAGCAGCUAAUAUAGUAUUUCCAGACCGACGCCGUAAGAGCAUCAGACAAUCCAACUAUGCCUUCCUAUACUCUCCACUACUUCAACCACCGUGGCCGUGCUGAGGUAUGCCGUAUGCUGUUCGCAGCUGCCGGUGUCAAGUACAACGACCGCAGGAUCGAAUAUUCAGAAUGGAACAACAUGAGAAGCAGAAUGCCAUGUUCUAUGUUACCAGUCUUGGAGAUUGAUAACCGAACCCAGUUUCCUCAAAGCAUGUCCAUCGCUAGAUACCUGGCCAGAGAAUUUGGUUUCCAUGGAAAAAGCAGCAUGGAGAUGGCCAGAGUUGACUUCAUCUCGCACUGUUUCUAUGACAUCAUGGAUGACUACAUGAGGAUGUACCAGGACAGAGAAGGAAGAAUGAGGUUCGAAAGGAAUCAAGAUAUGAGUUGUUCCCCUGAACGUCGCAUGAGAUUCCGUGAAACCUGCCAAAGGCUUCUUCCAUAUUUGGAGAGAACACUUGAAAUGCAUAACAGUGGAAAUCAAUAUUUCAUGGGAGACCAGAUGACUAUGGCUGAUAUGAUGUGCUACUGUGCUCUUGAGAACCCCUUAAUUGAAGAACCUUCUUUCCUCAGCCGUUACCCCAAAUUGCAGUCUCUGAGAAACCGCAUCCAAAACCACCCAAAGAUUUCCAUGUACCUUAGGAGUCAACCACGUACCGAAUUUUAAAUGUGAAAUCCACACUAAUAGCGUGGAUUUCUCGCAUGAAAUCAAUAACAAGAACAAUAACAACCGAAAAUACUUAAAAGUCACAACAAAACACAUCAGUUAUUAUCAAUGUGAACCAGUUUCUCUGGUGUCUAAAAUUUUAAUGAAAUAACACACAAAAUAUGUCUCAAUAA